AGCGAAAGCUGGUCGUGGUUAGCUACCUGUUAGUCCAAGUUGGGUGGCGGCUCAGGAGCUGUGGCGGGCCGAGCGCGUUGGAAAUGGGACAGGGAGAUAGGAAGAGUUAAGUCCAAUAACCUAGGAGCCACUUACCCAGAAGCACACAAACAAGUGGAAAGAAUAGAAGCUGAGGUUCCUAUUAACCAUUCUCAUCGUUAGAUGUGCCCAGGUUCACCAUUAGGAAGCUGAACAAAAUGGAUGAAGAAUCUGGCAGAUUUCAAAUUAAUGCUCCAAAUUUUGUGAAGAAAAAACACAGAGAAAGCUCUGCAACUGGAGAAAGGAAUAAAGAGCUUAAUGAGAAAGAUUUUGAUGACUCUCUCCUGCUUUUUGAUGAACAUUCUCAGAGUACUACAGACCAAACAGAUUCCAAGUUCCCCAAUUUUACCUGUAUCAGAUCAGAAAUCUGCAGUGACAAUGAAAUCCUAAAGGAUGCCACUACAGCCAAAAAGAGAAAAAAGAAAAAUGCCUGUGAUAUACAGGAGGAAAUGGGGGUAAUAUGUGUCCUUGUGGAUAAAGAAAAUAUUGAAAGUAUGAAAAGGGAGAACUUUAGAAAAGAUGUUGAUAUUGUAUAUAUAGAUAUGAAAAAAGGGAAUGAGCUGCCAAAAUCAAAUGAAAAAGAUGAACUGCAUUCAAUUUCUGAAGCUAAUAAAAAUGACUUAGAAGAUCCAGAUCACAAAGUUAAGGAGAAACUCCAUAAAGUCAGUGGUAGAAAGGAAAAUUUCAAUGUUAUACAGACAACCUCUCAGUUGAGCUCCUGUUCCCAAGAGCAAAAAUCCACCUUUUCUUUAGAAAGAGAAGGUGAGAUUAGGGAACCAUUAGUAUCUACUGAUAUAAUGAGAUUGUCAAAGUCCAAGAACAAAAGGAAAAGGUCUUCAGAUACAAACCAUAUGAAAUCUGAGGAUAUUUCUAUGUCUGAUGAAAGCCUUGUGACCAUUCACACCAGUGGGACACAGGUGGUCAAUGAAGUUAGUACAAUAGAGGCUGAUAGGGCCCUUGAGGAAGAGAAAGUGAAAUCUGUCAGGAAAAAGAAAAAAAGGGAAACAGCCUCACAUGAAAAUGAUCAGGUAGCCACUUAUGAUAUUUCAGUGCCCAAUGUGGACUCUGUAGAUGACCAGAUGAAAAUAGGUGAUCGUGUUAGUAAUGUGGAGACUCUGGAGGGUGAUGGUACCCUUAGUGAAAGCAAUAUGGAAUUAGUCAGAAAAAAGAAAAAGAAGAAAAAGGGUUCAUCUAAAAAUGAUCGAUCAAUUGCUGAUAAUUUUUCAGUGCCUGAAAUGAACUAUGUAAAUAUGCCUUCUGACCAAGUGGUUGGUGUAACUAAUAGCAUUGAGACUUUGGAGGACGAUAGCACCUUCAACGAAAGUAAUGUAGGAUAUGUCAGGGAAAAGAAAAAAAAGAAAAAGACUUCAAAUAAAAAUGAUAUUGUGCUGGUGGAUGAUUUUUCAGGUCCUGAUUUGAACUUGAAGGAUAUAGCAUCUGAGCAAAUGGAAACCAGUCAUGGUGUUAGUAAUGUCAGGACUAUGGACGGUGAUAUCACCCUCAGUGAAAGCAAUGUGAAAUCAAUAAGAAAAAAGAAGCAAAAGACUUCAUCUAAAAGUGAUCAAGCAAGUGCUGCUGAUUUUUCAGUGCCUGAGAUGAGUUCUGUGGAUGUGCCUUCAGACCAAAUGAAAGUGGUUGGUGCAGCUAAUUGUAGCAUUGAGACUCUAGAGGAUAAUAGCACCUUUGUGGAAUCUGUCAGGGAAAAGAAAAGAAAUAGAAAGAUUUCGAAUAAAAGUAAGCAGGCACCUACUGAUUUUUUAGUGCCUUGUACAGACUCUGUGGAUGUGCCAUCUGACCAGAUGACAAAAACUAGUGUUAACAUUGACACUUUGGAGGAUGGUAACACCUUUAAUGAAAGCAGUGGCGAAUCUAUCAGGAAAAAGAAAAAGAAGCGAAAGACUUCCACCAAAAAUGAUCAGGAACCUGCCAGUGACUUUUCAGUACCUGGUCCAAGCUCUGUGGAUAGGCCUUCUGACCAUAUGAAAAUGUGUGAUAAGGUUAAUAACAUUGAGACUUUGGAGAGUAAUGGUGCUCUUAUUGAAGGCAAUGAGAAAUCUGCCAGAAAAAAGAAAAAGAAGCAAAAGGCUUCAUCUAAAAAUGAUCAGGCACUAGGCAGUGACUUUUCAAUACCAUAUAUAAGCUCUACGCAUAGGUCUUCUAAACAGGACCAAAGGAAAACAAGUGUUAGUGUUCACACUGACACUGUAGGGGGUGAGAGCGCCCUUAGUGAAAGCAACACAGAAUCUAUCAGGAAAAAGAAGCGAAAGUCCUCAGCCAGAAAUGAUCAGGGACCUGCUGAUGACUUUUCAGCACUUGAUCCAAGUUCCAUGGAUAGGUCUUCUAAGCAUAGGAAAACAAGUAAGAAUAGUAAGACUGAGUUCCUUGAGAAUGAUAGAACCCUUAUUGAAAGCAAUGGGGAAUCUGUCUGGAAAAGGAAAAAGAAGCGAAAGACUUCACCUAACAAUGAACAGGAAUUUGCUGAAGACUCUUCAGCUCCUGGCACGAGCUCUGUGGUUAGCCCUUUCUCUGACCAUGUGAAAAUGGGUAAUAGGUUUAACACUGAGACUGUGGAGGGUGAGAGUACCCUUAGCAAUGGGGAGAAUGUCAGGAAAAAGAAAAAAAAGCAAAAGCCUUCAGCUAAAAAGGAUCAGGCGAUUACUGAUGACUUUUCAGUACCUGGUUCAAGCUCUGUGGAGGGGCCUUCUGACCAUGGGGAGACAGGUAGGGAUGAUAACAACACUGACCCUUUGGAGGGUGAUCAUGCUCUUAAUGAAAGCAGUGUGGAAUCUAGAAGGAAAAAGAAAAGAAAGAGAAAAACUUCAACUGGAAAGGAUCAUGGACCUGUGGAUGACUUUUCAGUUCCUGGUACAAGCUCUGUAGGCGCACCUUCUGACAAAAGGAAAACAGUCCAUGGGACUGACAAUGUGAUGAAUUCAGAGAGGGGUAACAUGCUUAAUGAGAAAGUGAAAGACACCAGGAGAAAGAAGAAAGAAUCUCACUCAGACAAAACAAGUGUAGAAACUGAGGAGAGGUUAGUAUCUACAAAUGAGGAAAGAAGGAACUCAGAAGAAGCUGAUGAUUCAGAUUUGGAAAAUUUGUCAGAAGAUUUGACAGAUCUAGAUGUUGAUUUGGAGGGUGCUGUGAAAAAACUCCAAGAGUUUAUUCCUAAUGUGAAGGAAAGGGCAGCUGCUACAGUAAAGCGGAUGUAUAGGGAUGACUUGAAACGUUUUCAGCAAUUUAAAGAACAAGGUGUCCCCAUUAAAUUUGGCAAAUUUUCUGCAAAGGAAAAUGAACAACUACGGAAAAAUGUGGAGGAUUUUUUAUCCUUAACUGGAAUUGAGACUGCAGACAAAUUGCUUCAUACAGACAGAUAUCCAGAGGAGAAAUCUGUUAUCACAGAUUUAAAAAGAAAGCACCAAUUUAGAUGCCAUAUUGGUGAAGGUAUUCCCCGGCCAUGGAAAUUAGUAUAUUAUAGAGCAAAAAAAAUGUUUGAUAUCAACAAUUACAAAGGCAGAUAUAGUAAAAAGGACACUCAGAAGUUAAAGAAGUACCAGUCCAUACAUGGAAAUGAUUGGAAAAAGAUUGGUGAGAUGGUGUCCCGCAGUAGCCUCUCUGUGGCACUGAAAUUCUCCCAGAUUAGCAAUCAGAUAAAUCAUGGUCCUUGGAGUAAAGCAGAGACUCGGAGACUAAUUAAAGCUGUUGAAGAAGUGAUUCUAAAGAAACUGUCACCAAAAGAGGUAGAAGACAUAGAUUCUCGGCUCCAAGAAGACAAUUCCCCAGAAUCUUUGUCAAUUUUGAGGAAACAGCUCUACAAGGGUAUAUCCUGGGUAGAAGUAGAAGCCAAAGUAGAAACAAGAAAUUGGAUGCAGUGUAAAAGUAAGUGGCCUGAAAUUCUAACCAAGCGGAUGACCAAUGGGAAGGUUGUGUACCGUGGGACAAAUGCUCUGCGUGCCAAAAUCAAUCUUAUUGAAAGGUUGUAUCAUACAAAUGUUCAAGAAGCUAAUGAAAUUAAUUGGGAACACCUUGCUGGUGCCAUUGGAGAUGUUCCUCCAUCCUACGUUCAAUCUAAAUUUUAUAAACUAAAAGCUACCUGUGUUCCUCUUUGGCAGGAGAAGACCUUCCCAGAAAUCGUAGACUACCUCUAUGAGACCAGCCGCCCAUUACUGGAACAGAAGUUAAGGAAGAAGCUGAAGAAGGAAGGCACAACUCUUCAGGAGCCUGAGGUGCCAAGGCAGUCAUUUCGAUUCAAGGACAUCUUUUAUUGUGAGAGUGACAGUGAGGAAGAAGAUAGAGAAGAAAGCAGCUAAACUGGGGUCACACCCAAGUUCCUUUUUUAUGUUUUUAAUUUAUUGCACUGUUCAUGGUCUUUUUUUUUUUUUCCAAGUCAUUUUCAGAAUUGUCAUCCUGUGAAGAAUGGAUAAAGACCAGGGAAGGGUUGGGGAAGGGGGCAGUGUUUAAUUCUGCCUUUUAACACCAUUAGAAUUUUGAGGUAGAAGAGACACUUUAAGUGUCUGUUAACCCUCUCGUUUUACAGGUAGAGAAACUGAAGCCCAGAGAGGUGAGGUGGCAUUACUGUGGCAAUGUAAUGAAUUUAGGAGAAAAAGAACAUAUACUAGCUAUGUAAGCAGGCUGAUUUCCCUCAUAUGUAAAAUGAGAAUAAGAUUACUUAUACUCCCUACCUCCCAGAGUUGUGGAGAAAGUACUCUGUAAAAUUGUUGAUUGCUAUAUAAAAUGAUUUUUUAUUA